AUGAGUAACGCACUUGAGAGUGGACUUGCAUGUGGUGAGCUUUCCCUUCACGGGGAUUACGCUGGGCCCGUAAGAUCCAAUACCUUACAUCGGGACCGUCGCCCCCGAUGGAAAGAACUCUCUGAAUUCCUAGAAAGUCAAAAAAUGAUGAUCAAAGGAACGGACAAGAACCUUGGGCCUGUUAUCUUUUCGCGUGACUGGUACAUAAGCGAAGUGGAGAAAUUCCUCGCUGACGGUCAAAACUACCGGAAAUUGGAAGUUAGUUGGGCAGGGGACCCUGGUCCUACCUUGUUGUCAUACAGCAAGGAUCACCCGAUCAACGGAAGAUUCAAGUGGUUGGCUAAUACCAUCCAUGAAGUAAGGCGUGAUCUUACCCACAUCACACAAAGCCUUAUCGACGUAACCACCAAGCAAGAAAAGGAAUACCUUGAACGGUGGAAUUUGCAAUUUGACAUCCCUCGGUUUCAUGGUAUCCCAAAGAUACAUAAAAAACCUUGGGCCAUUCGUCCUAUUGCCCCCGGACAUUCCUGGGUUACGUCCCCCCUUGCUAAAUGGGUGCAGGUUAAAAUAGCCGGCGCCGCUAAGGCAACACCAUGGAUUGUUCAAUCAACCAAGGAUGUUGCGGCGCUAUUACGCAAGGCUAUUAUCCCUGACUACCGGACCCGCCGUAAAAUGUUCGUAUGUACAGGUGACGUAGUCGCCAUGUACCCGAACAUCCCUGCAGACGCACAUUCCAUUGUCACUGCAUGGUUCGCGGAUCACCCGGCGCAAUUAGAUCCCGUUCUGAACGAUAACGCACAUCUAUUGCAAGACGCCAUGCGAAUUAUCAACCAAUAUGGGAUGGUUGAAUUCAAUGGCUCGUUCUAUUCACAGCUCAAAGGUUUAGCGAUGGGAGCUGCCUGCUCCCCUGAUAUCGCAAAUAUUUAUGCUGCAUACUACGAAGAACGAAACGUUGAUUUCAACGUGCAAACUUUCGAGCACAAUAAUCCAUGCUGGGCAAUUCUUGAUAAACAUAACCUCGGACCGGUACUCCGCACCGAAUGGUCCGUGGUUGGUGAAGGCGAGGGACCUAGUCCGUUCCUCGAUUUAGAAAUCGAUAUUCUUUCCGGUAGUACAUUAGACUUUAAACUGUACCGGAAACCCUUCAACCAUUUUAUGCGUAUACCAUGGGAAAGCGCUCACCCGACGCAAGUCAAGAAAUCCGGAUUUCAGGGUGAACUUACCCGGAUAGCCACCUGCUCGUCUAGACGCGAAUUCUACGACCAGUCAGUAGCAGAGUACAUGGAACUACUCAUUGCGCGGGGCUAUCCACGUCAAGUCCUUCUAGCUUGGAAGGAACAGGAAGUAGAGAAACGCUGGAAUCUCGCCGUAUUACCAAAAGACGAUCCAAAGGCUCAUUCCUUUGCGGUUCUCAAAACCUCCUACAAUGAUGUAUGGAGCAACGUUAAUGUUGCAUCCUUUAAGACGGCGAUUAUCGAUGGAGCGAUUGAGGCUGGAGCGCUUUCUACGAAAGACGCAUUAUUCCUAGAGUCCAUUCGUGACACCAGAUUCCUUAUAUCGUACAAACGCACACGAAAUCUGUCUGACGACGUGAACGCGCUUAACGUCCAGAUGUCUAGAAUCGAUCCUGAAUCGUUCAACGACUUCGCCACGAGUGGUGCAUUCGACCUCUCUAAAGUUCUGUCUGUACAACGUACGUACAACGAACAAACCGAUGAUGACGACUCGUCAUUCAAUUCUUCUUCGGGAGAACUUUGA